GUCACCGGCAUUAGCACGUGCCACCGUUAUAGAAUAUUUUUUAAACAAAAAUAAGUGAAAAUGUCGUACAAAGGGCCACAAAAAGUACAAAAAGUGAUGGUACAACCCAUCAAUUUGAUCUUCAGAUAUUUACAAAAUAGAUCAAGAGUACAAGUGUGGCUAUACGAGAAUAUCAAUCUUCGCAUCGAGGGACACAUAGUCGGCUUCGAUGAAUACAUGAAUUUGGUGCUCGAUGACGCUGAGGAAUACUAUGUGAAAACAAAAGUGAGAAAGCAACUUGGACGCAUAAUGCUGAAAGGAGACAAUAUUACAUUGAUACAAAACACAAAUCCUGGUUCAAACUAGUGAAAAGUUGCAUUAUAAAUAAAAUAAAGACUUUAAUAAAUGAAGAAAGUUGAACACCUGUCUUCAUCAAUGACCAUUACCAACUUUCAAAUAAACAAAUGUAAUUUAAUUUUUCAAACAUUGCUGAAUUGUUAAAAUAAGUAAAUUUUCAUUAUUUUUCAUUUACUAUUUAUGCUCAAUGGUAUUGACAAUGAAGAACUUUGUACAAAUGAUGAAUAGUAUAAAUAAUGGUGGGAAAGGAGCUUGUUCAUCAUUCAUCGAACGUUGUUUUGCAUUUAUAAGUGACAACGCAAUGGAUACAGUCAAAACAACUGCAUUUUGCAAUUUACCAAAAGAUGCUCUAGUGAAGUUGAUAUCUUCUGACUAUCUAGGU